GGCUCCAUUAGCUGAAGUCUGCUUGCGGGUAUAAUGAGCAAAGGUUGGGAACUGUGUGACACUCUGAAGCUCAGGAUGUUCUCUCUCUAUGCUCCCACCCCCCGCAUGGCCACCCCACCUGUUUUAUCUUCCACUCCCUCCUCUUCCUCGACAGCGGGAGCAGUUAGAAAUCCAAGUGCAGACCAGGAAGUGGAGCAGAAUAUCUGUGUGAGACACACUCACACUCACAGCACCGACAUCCUACCCCCCUGCUGAACUAUUACAGGUGGAAGCAGGUCUGGAUUGAGCAGACUUGGACUGGCAGCAAGGCGAAAGUGCAGUGCCGAUGUGCUGUGUUCUCGGUCGAGGGUGCGAGCUAAGCCCAUGAGGGGAGCGUGGAGGCCGGGCUGCUGAGGCAGGAGGGAGAUCGCACAGGCUCCCCAGAGAGCAGCGCCCGCUCACUCCAUCCACGAGGAAGGCGACGCAUCGGGCCAGAAGUCCAAAACAACUUUGGGGAUGCUGAGCUUAAAAUUACCUCGUCUCCUCAGCAUCAAUCAAGUGCCCAAAGUAUUCCACGAACACAGCAUUAUCUUUGGCUAUCGCCAGCCACGAUGCACAGCCACAGAUUGCCUCUUCAGUCUCUUCCAGCUGACGAAUGAGACCGUCAACAUCUGGACCCACUUCCUGCCAACCUGGUACUUUGUCUGGAACUUGCUGGCCCUUUCAUACACUCUGGACUUCUGGAACGAAGCUUACACAUGGCCAUUCCUGGUCUUCAUGGUCACCGCUUGUAUCUAUCCUUUCACCUCAAGCUGUGCCCACACGUUUAGCUCAAUGUCCACUCGAGCAAGGCAUAUCUGCUUCUUCUUCGACUAUGGUGCUCUGAGCCUCUACAGCCUAGGCUCAGCGACGGUCUACGCAGCCUACAUCAUGCCGGACAAGUGGAUCAACAGCACCUUCCACGAGUGGUUCAUGCCUCUCGCUGUCUUCAACACGGUGGUUUGCACCGGUCUGUCGUGCUACUCCCGGCUGGGAUUGCCUUUCAUCCACUUUAACUGCAGCAUCACUGAAAGGUUUCCGGAGCAGGAAAGUCCAAACAUGAGCAAAGUCUUGCGAAUCGUUGCGUUUGCUUACCCAUAUUUCUUUGACAACAUCCCGCUGUUCUACAGGCUGUUCAUUUGCACAGGAGAGGGAUGUGCCCACAACGAGACAAUUCCGAUCCACUACAGACACGUGACACUUGCAAUGCUGACCGGAUUCUUGUUUGCGACUCACUUACCCGAGCGCCUGGCUCCAGGGACGUUUGACUACAUUGGUCACAGUCAUCAACUGUUUCAUAUCUGUGCUGUCAUAGGCACCCACUUCCAGAUGAAAGCUCUUAUCAAGGACAUGACACUGCGCCAAGCUUGGCUUGCACUCCACGCACCUUUGCCUUCCUUCAUGGACACCAUUGGAGCGAUCAGCCUUGCCCUCCUGUUGAACCUCCUCAUCAUUGCACUCUUCUCCCUGGGCUUGUACUGGAAACCAAAGACACCCGAAGUGAAGAGCCAACACUACUACACUGAGAAACUAAAGGUGGAUUAGGAUGGUGCACCUCUCCUUGGCCUAGCUGAAGAAGAGGCCAAGAUUACUGAAGGGGAAACACAUUUGGAAAGCCUCCUCAGUUGAAUACUGUGACUGGUGAAGAGAUGAAGUGGACAACUGUUCAAAAGGAAUAUAAUUCCCAAAUGAAAUGGUGCCUUUAAUGGGUGUACGGUAAUCGUCAAUAUGCUUGGGCCUGGUGCUGUGGAUAUUCUGGUUACACCCUUAUGUUAUUUAUUUUAUUGCAUUAUAGAGUUGGUCUUGGGGUGAGUACAGGUCGGGUCAGUGGCCUCUGUAUCAGUGUCAGUGCCCCUCUGUGCUGCUCCGUUAAAGGAGUUUAAAUUUCUCCAGUCUAGGUCGAAUUUCACAUUGUGCCUUCGAUCUCCAACAAAUUUGAUUAGGGUAUAAUAUCCGAGAUCAGGUUAUGGAAGUUUAAGUAAAAGACAUCCUUUGGUGUAGUUGAAUCAACGGAUGUUCUUGUCAGUGUGUGUUCUAUGAGGUAUUUAAGAACUAAUUAUCAUAUAACUCUAUGGAGAACCAGGCCAUUAUCAUUGUCAGGCUGUAAACUUGAGAUAACUGACCACAUUUAAAGAAAACAAUGUCUUAAUUUUCCCCUUCACCUGUGGCCUUUGGCCCGGUUUGGCCAGGACCAGAUUUGAUGGAGUCAUUUGCAAGAGAUAAAGUCGGUAGAGGAAGACUGAGAGGUUCAGGGAGGGAAUUUCAAAUCUUGGGAUCUUAGCGGUUGAAGAUAUGACGGAGCUGAAGAUUGAUUUUUAUCAGGAGAGAAGCUUGUUGGAGAUACAUCGAGAUCUCAAAGGUUUCACAUGCCGGAAGAGGUCAUGAAAUUGGAAGGGGUGAGCCCAUUGGGGAACUUAAAGUGGUGACUGAGAAGUUUUAAGCAAAUUGAAAAGAAGGUUGAUCUGCAACUAGCUGCAUCUAAGGACAUCCUUGUGAUUGAGGCAGCGCAGUGUAGGUUCAAGAGAUUGAUCCCUGGGAUGGCGGGACUGUCACAUGAGGAAAGAUUGAAAAGACUCGGCUUGUAUUCACUGGAGUUCAGAAGGAUGAGGGGGAAUCUUAUAGAAACAUAUAAAAUUAUAAAAGGACUGGACAGGCUAGAUGCAGGAAAAAUGUUCCCAAUGUUGGGCGAGUCCAGAACCAGGGGCCACAGUCUUAGAAUAAAGGGGAGGCCAUUUAGGACUGAGGUGAGAAAACAUUUUUUCACCCAGAGAGCUGUGAAUUUGUGGAAUUCCCUGCCACAGAGGGCAGUGGAGGCCAAAUCACUGGAUGGAUUUGAGAGAGAGUUAGAUAGAGCUCUAGGGGCUGGUGGAUUCAAGGGAUAUGGGGAGAAGGCAGGCACGGGUUAUUGAUAGGGGACGAUCAGCCAUGAUUACAAUGAAUGGCGGUGCUGGUUCGAAGGGCCGAAUAGCCUCCUCCUGCAACUAUUUUCUAUGUUUCUAUGAUAUUAAUGCUUAAAUGUUGCCUCAUGUACCACCUUCCUAGAUCUCUAAGGUACUCCUAAUGUUUCUUGUGGUUUGUGUUGUUGUACAUGUGCCUUUACUUGGCCUUACGAUCCUUAGAGUGACCUGCUGUUAUCCAGAACAGAUUAUUUAAUUUAAAGUUACAGAAAGCAAUUGUUCUGCCUUCCUUGAAGACGGUGGAGGAGAAUUCUUCCUUUUGCCUGGUUGGAAGAAAUUACUUUGCUUUUCACAUGAAGGAUAUUGAAUAUAAAGAGGUUCUGAAAGAUCAGGACCAUGGUUUAUUUGAGCACAGUGACCAGAUAAAUAUUCCCCUACCACCAGCUCUGAGGUAUCCUUUUGUUAAGAAUACCUUUUCUAUUUGUAUGUUGUGAUGUUUAGGUAAAAUAUAUUGACCUACAUAUAAACUUUCCUUUGGUGAAGGUAGUCGGUCAAAGUUGAAACUGUAAAUAGUUUGUUAUCACCAAAAUGUACUGUAGUUAGGAGUGGGUGCCUAGGAGUUUAUUCAGUGUGGCACCAGAAAUGGGGACCUUGGUAUUAAGGGAAAUCUAGAUAAUCAGUGAUUGAGCUCUAGACAGAGGAGAUAAGAGGAGUCAUCAAAUGUUAUUUUUUAAUCAUUCUUUCUUGGUGUGAAUAUAUAUGAACAAAUGUAGCAUUAAGGAACGUCCAUUAAGAAAUGGAGGUUCAACAAAAGUAGGCACAAAUCUUCUAAAAAUGUUUAUGUUGCAUCAGGUUAGACAGGAAGAUUUAAUUGCAACUUUUCCGACUUCUAGAGUUUGGAACAGUUGUCAUGUAGGAAAUACUGCAGUCAUUUACUGUAGCAACUUCAUCAACACCAAGCAGAAAGUUAGAAACACUUCACAUAUCGCUCAAUAUUUUAUCUGGGAAUACAAUCUAUUCACUUUGAAUGGGAAUUUAGUGUUUCGUAAAAGUGAUGAACAAAGCAAUUUGACUUGUGCACAUGAAGGCUUCAGAUGCUAAUGUCACAAGGUCCAGCUCCACUCCACUGACAUAGGUGACAGAUCAGCAGAAAGCUAGAUGAGAUCCAUGCUCCAAACUCAAACCAGUGAGAAUCCUGGUGGGGAUUGGACCUCAAAAUAUGAUAUAAUAUUCCAUUGAAAGGUCAGGGUUUUCAUUAUCGUAAGUCAAAAUCUGUGACAAUCUUGUGCGUUCAGGAGAGAGUCUGCAGGUCUAAUUUCUUUUCAGCAUGCACUGAAGCUUGCAUUUUCAAUUGCCUAAUGUUAAGAUCAAUCUCUGAAGGUCAAAGCAUCCAACCUUCAAUGAUUGAUUUGUUUUUAUGGUCGUAAAUGUACUUACAGGAAAUAUCAUUUUGCAAUGGGUUCCUGGAUGCCUUUGGUUGCACCUUACUUAAAACAGAUUGAAAUGUUGUACAGGUACUUGUUGUUAAGAUGAUGUUGAAGGGCAGAAUGGCAGGAAAUGGGCUAAUGCAGUGAGAGGCACAUUCAACAUAAAGGAUUCAGGAUAAGACCUUUUUUGCACAAAGAAUUGUAGAAUCCAUAAGGAGGGAUACAUAAGGAAUAAAGGCAUAGAUUAUUUUCUAAAUGGGGAGAGAAUCCAGAAAUUGGAGAUGCAAAGGGACUUGGGAAUGAGUGUUGGUGCAGGAUUCCCAAAACGUUAAUCUGCAAGUCGAAUCAGUAGUAAAUAACGCAUACGCAAUGCUAGCAUUUAUUUCAAGAGGGCUUGUAUACAAAAACAGGGAUGUAAUGCCGAGGCUCUAUAAGGUGCUGGUCAAUCAGCAUUUUGAAUACUGUGAGCAAUUUUGGGAAGGAUGUGCUAGGUCUGGAGAGGGUCCAGAGGAGGUUUAAAAGAAUGGUCCCAGGAAUGAGCGUUUGAUGGCACUGGGCCUUUAUUCGCUGGAGUUUAGAAGAAUGAGGGGGGACCUCAUUGAAACGUACAGAAUAGUGAAAGGCUUGGAUAGAGUGGAUGUGGAGAGGGUGUUUCCAUUAGUGGGAGAGUCUAGGUCAUAGCUUCAGAAUUAAAGAACAUUCUUUUAGGAAGGAGAUGAGGAGGAAUUUCUUUAUUUGAAGGGUGGUGAAUCUGUGGAAUUCUUUGCCUCAGAAGGCUGUGGAUAUAUUUAAGGCAGAAAUAGAUAGAUUCUUGAUUAGUAUGGGUGCCAGAAUGGGGUUAGGAGGGAGAGAUAGAUCAGCUACGAUUGAAUGAUGGAGUAACUUGAUGGGCUGAAUGGCCUAAUUCUACUCCUAUCUUACGAUCUUAUGAUAAGUAAUCCAAGCAGAGAUUUUGCAAUCCUUAAAGCCAGAUGAAAUAGGAAGUCUGGGAAUAAAGGGUUACCGGAACAGAGGGAGAUUAUAAAACGAUGAUCACUCACCACAUGGAGAAUAAUAACUAAGCAUAAAGAUGGCUGAUUGGAAUCUUCGCCUGUCAUAAUCUUGAACAUUAUCAUGUCUAGAGGUAUAUUCAAUGUUUUCAACAGAUACAUUAUCCAAUAUUUUAAGCCAUGGUAGACUUUUUGAUUCUCACGUGCCUUAAAAAUGAAGUGACAGACUUAGAGCCUGAAAAACAAUACACAAAUAACACAUUUGCUUUUCAAACAAUUUUCUGUUAUUAAUAUAUCUUAAAGGUACAUAUUGUUGCUUUUUAUAAAGAGCAUGGUGCUGUCUGGAAGAAAUGAUAGGAAACUGCUAAAAGGGCUACUUAACUGGAAUAACGAACACACUGUGAGAAAUGUACUCAUGAGGAAUGUUACUUUUUUACCAUUGGGUAUUUUAUGUUCUUUGAAAUAACCAUUGUUCCCCCUAUUAGAAACACAGACAAUUGAUUAAAUAAAUCUGUCCAG